CAAAAAGGCGGGCGCGACCACGCAGUAUUAAUUCUGAUAGUCGUGUGAAAGAAAAGUACCGAGGAUCGCGAUGUCAUCACCGAGCGAAGACAUCCGCGAGCAGCAAACCUAUUAUCAAAAGAAUGUACCAGGAACAGUGAGCCUUUUUCUCGAUCCUAAACUCGGGCGCAGUGACAUUUAUCUAAGCAAAAAUCAGAUCGAACGCGUUGACAGCGAGGAAAAGUUGUAUUCGGGUAAUUUCAAAGAAACUGUUCAAGGACUCAUUGGAUCUAGGAAGCGACAAGAACCAGUAAAAAAUAAUACUGUAUCCUCACUCAAGAAAUUGUGUACUCAAUUGAGACAGUACUUUAAAAAGACUAGCCACAAUCUAGCUGUCGUUGAGCAUGCAUCAAUGAGCAAAAUGCUGGCUCUGCUUUGCCUUGCAGAUAACAGAGAACUUGAAGCAUGCUCUCAUCUUGUUAUGUCUCAUGCAUCCUGUUUUCGACAACAAAUAUUGUAUAGAAAUUUAAAAUCUAAAUUAAGAGCAGAGUUGCUAUCUGAAUCAUUGGUUGAUAAUUUAAAUCCAAAAGAUUUAGACAUUGAUCUAAAAAAUGCAAACACAAAUCCUGAUAAGCUUGUUUCAACACUUGCAGAGUUGCCAUCAGAUUGGUAUGUAUUACAAUUAACAUCACAGCAUGAACACAUAUCAGAACUAAAGAGUGGACUAUCAAAGGGACAAAAAAAUGAAUAUACUUUGAAGCCUAUGAAUGGUCUUCAUAUUGUUGUUCUUCCAACUGGAAAAAAUGCUAUCAAUCCCAUAUGCAUUACACUACCAAAGCCUCAUGGAGAUUCUUCAUAUGACGUACGUGUGGAAGUAGGAAUGAUACUAAAUAGCAAUAAGUCUGAUCUGACAGCUACUUAUACUAAUAAUGAGCUCUAUUGGAAAAUGCGUAAGCAACAGAAUGAUAGAAUGAGUACAGCAAUUUUCGAAUUGGAAUUUUCCUGGCUGAGAGAGUGGAGAGUUCUACUAUUAGCAGAUUAUAUAGAAUGUUUAGAUUUAGUACACGAUGUUUAUAAUAUGAUAGACAAGCUAAUUGCAGAUUCUAAUGUUAAAGAUAUGCCAGAGAGAACUCGAUGGUUAUUGAGAAAAAUUGCCACUGGAGCCUGCUACCUUCAACCUUUUGAAAUUGAAAGAGCUGUAACGUACAUUUUAUCUUCAGAGAAGAAGCUUGCAAAAAAUAUCAUAUUAUCAAUUGUUGCUAAAACUAAAGUUAUGGAGCCAUUGUUGCAUGCUAGAAGAAAAAUAUUAGUUUUAAUUGUAGAUGAAUUCAUAGAUCAUUUUUCAUAUGAGUCUUUUACUAUAUUAAAACAUCAACCAGUGACUAGAUUUCCUUCUCUGCAUAUUGCAUAUGCUUUGUAUAAUCAACAUAAGAAUACUAUGAAGAAUGGAUACAAACUGAUCAAAAAGUCUGAAAAUCUCGGUACAUUUAUUGUCAAUCCUUCAUUAGACUUAACAAAGAUGGAAAUUAGAAUGAAAUUAUUCUUAGAAUACUGGCUACCGAAGUGGAAAGGCUUGUACAGUAUCAAACCAGAACUAGAAUAUUUUAAAAAAACUUUAACAGAAUAUCAUAUAUUAAUGUACAAUGGACAUGGUAGUGGCAUACAGUUUCUAAAGGGUGAAGACAUAGAAAAAAUGCGUAUAUUAGCGUUAGUUUUAUUAUUUGGUUGCAAUAGUAUAAAGCUUUUGCCAACUGGUGGAAGGAACCCGUCAUACGGAGUUUCUAAUCAGUAUUUGAUGGGUUGCAGUCCAUGUAUAUUAGGGAUGUUAUGGGAGGUAACAGAUGGUGAUAUUGAUAGAAUGACUGCUAAUUUUUUGAGUAAAUGGAUUCCAUCAUCUGCUAAGAGAUCGUGGUCUGAUGUAAAUCUUUCUUUAUGGAAUCAAGGAAAAUUAGAGUUCCAGAAAGGUACGCGUAAUGAAAUUAAAUUCGAAGAUAACAUGCUCGUUGCAGUUGCCAAAUCCAAGGAUGUAUGCAAACAAUACAUGACUUCCGCUGCAAUCAUUGUUAGGGGUUUGCCAACGAAAUUGGUUGAUUGAAAGUUAAUGACCCUGUCAAUGUUUGUUGAUAAGGUUAUAGAAUCUAAACUUUUCCUCGCUUCAAUUUUACCGAGGUUUUUUAGUAAUAAUUUUUAUUUUUACUUUUUUGUAAAUUUUUAGUUAUCUAUUAUUUUUAGCAUUAGAACAUACAACUUUUAUAAUAUUUAUAAUUUCUUUUUGUAUCAAAGACUGUUGAUAGGAAAAAUACAAGAUUAUUUAAGUAUAUUUUUAAACAAAUGUCACAUUUUAUGCUUGUCAUCUCAUACUGAAGUACAGAUUGAAAAAAUUGUUUGUAACCGUUUGAUAAUUCAUUUGCUAGCCUAAAGAAUCUCUUUAGAAAAUAGUUUGU